UAAAAACGAUCAGUUCUCCAGGGAACCUUUAAGAUGAAGCCAAGUUCUUGUCUAGGGUAUAAUGCAUCACAAGGAUUUGAGACACUUGAAAUCUAUCUAUCUGUCCGUUUAGCAAAAUUAAAGAAGAAUGGUAAGUGGUUGCAGACAGUGUAUUUUAGUUAUAUUUACAUAAACAAAUUUAGUUUAAAAUUAGUCAACUAAGUUUAGCCUAUUUAAGUGUAGCUAAAAUAAAUUGGUUGCAACCGCGUAAGGUAAACUGAAAAAAUAUACACUAAAAGAGAUGACCAACUUUAAACUACAUUUAUUUAAAUGUAGCUAAAAGAAUUUGUUUGCAACCGCUUACCUUAAAAAAAGCCUUUUCUGUCAGUGCAUCUGUCUGUUCUUCUGUCCGUCGUCUCUCUAUCUGUCGUUUCCAUUGUUCGGCUGUUUGACAGGAAUAUUUACGAAACCUACAUAACUUGGUUGGCACUCUUUCAAAUUCCAUUUAGGAAAUAAGCACACAGCUGAGGUUUACUGAGCGUCUGUCUAUCUGUGCACGUCUGGAAUCCAGAAAUUUUGUUCUGAAGAUCAAAUAGCAGGGUAGUCAGCCAUUCUGUACAUAUGCAUCACAUCUCUUCUACUCGCACACAUUUUUCGAGCAGUUCUGGGUUGGUGAUGGAUCCCGUUAGGCUUUUUUGUGGUGGAGACCCACAGCUGUUUUAUCAGUUUGUGAGCAUAGCGUUUGCAUUUCUGUUUUAUUGUUUAGGCAGGCAAGGACACCUCUCGGUAAUCAACAGGCAUGUCCAUUUGACACUGGGAGGAUUCAUCCUCGCUGUUGUUACGAUGGGUCCAUACAGUUUAUUGCUGUUCUUCAGUGCCGUGCUUCUCCUGCUGCUGAUCUGCUUUAUACACCCAGUUCACAUCCAUUAUUGGAUGUUAGGACUGCAGAUGUGUUGGCAAACCUGCUGGCACUUGUACAUCCAGUACCAGUUAUACUGGCUUCAAGAGACACCAGACCUCAGGCUCUUACUGGCCACAUCUGCUCUCAUGUUGAUGACCCAGAGGGUUUCGUCUUUAUCGCUUGAUCUGCAGGAGGGAACAGUUACUAGUCCCUUUCAAAGCGGCAGUCGGGAUCUGUUUGUCCUUAUACCAUUUCUAAGCUACUCUCUUAAUUUCCCUGCACUCCUCGGAGGACCACAUAGCAGUUUCAACACUUUUGUGGAGUCUGUUAAGCAAAUGAGCGUCACUUCACCGUUGUCUUUGUAUUUAGGGAGGCUGGCAUCAAAGAUGUUGCAAGUUGUUGUUUUGGUGUGGAUAAAAUAUCUUCUCAAGGAGCUCUUAAAAUUAAACGUAUUUAUAGUAAACAGCCCUUGCAUUUGUCAAAACAUAAUAUGGAUCUGGAUCCUGUCGCUGCAACUUAAGAUGAACUAUUAUGCGCACUGGAAAGUCAGUGAGUGUGUUAACAAUGCUGCAGGCAUAGGUUUCCAUGGGUACAGUCACAGUGGAAAAUCAUCGUGGGAUGGGUUUUCUGAUGGCAGCCCAUGGGUGACUGAAGCAUCAAGCCGUCCUUCGGUGUUUGCACGACAGUGGAACAGAACAACAGCAGCGUGGCUUCGAAGAAUGGUCUUCAAAAGGUCCAACAGAUCUCCACUGUUUAUGACCUUUGGGUUCUCGGCGUGGUGGCACGGUCUUCAUCCAGGUCAGAUUCUAGGCUUUUUCAUCUGGGCUGUCACUGUGCAGGGAGACUAUAAAAUGCACCACUUCUUGCUUCCAAAGCUUACCUCCAAAUGGAGGAAAUGGCUCUAUGUGUGUCUGAACUGGGCUUAUACUCAACUGACCAUUUCAUGUGUUGUUGUCUGUGUGGAGCUUCAGAGUUUAGAGUCAGUAAAACUGCUCUGGUCUUCAUAUAUCGCCGUGUUUCCACUACUGAGUGUUCUGAUGAUUACAAUCCUGUGAGAAAUGACCAGAACCAGUCUAAAUCAUAUAAAUAUGAUAAUUCAUAAAGUAUAUCAUCAAAUACAGUAAACAUGGGCCAGCGAGCACAUUUGAGCAUUUAUUUAGCAAGGUAAGUAGAACUAGCUUUUACUGUGUUUAAAAUGCCCCAAUUAUGGUACUUGAAAGGUUCAAAUUUUGGACGACGGCGUGGCAUGCAUGCAAGGUUAAAAACACUUUCAAUUUCUUAUAAUAUUAUUAUUUCGUAUAAUAUUUUACAUUUUUAUUCAAGGGUCUCCAAACAAUACAUUUUUCCAAUCCCCCCCUUUGCGUGAUGACAAUCUGCAGUGAUUGGUUGAUCUCAUUUAAAGCAAUGUUUGUGAGCUUUUAACGCUCCAAAAGUGGCACCUUUUGGUAAAGAAUGAAUUUCCAUUCAGACCAACAUGAAAAUCGAGUUGUCCCAGGUCUAUACGCACAACAAGUGGACGGCCAAUAUGUUAAUGUUUCAACAUGAAAUGGCUUGGGAGACUUCUAGUAAAAAAGAACUCAUUUCAAUGAAUCAACCCUUUCUUUUGAGAGACAAUACCUUUAUACACUGUGCACUUUCAGAUUUUACACAGUUCAUGAAAUGUAACUAUCCAUAAUAGGGGCACUUUAAAGUACUCUUUAUUAGAGGUUAUGAAUGGUUCAUAUUUUGGUCUUGGGAGUCCCUAACAAUAGGUUGAAAUGCAUGCAAGGUCAAAAAACACUUAUAUUUUCUAUACAGAUCAGUGAUCUCCUAUGCUUUCCCUGCAUAAUUUUAUGUUUAUACAAACCUGUUCAUCAUUUAAAGUUUUUGUUUCCUUAAAUAUACCUUUUAUUAAACAGCUUGCUUUGUAUGGAUUACUUAUAAUGUCUUUAUUAACCUUUUGAUGGGUAAAAUGUUUGGUUGCAUGGAUGGACAA